GGAUGAUCUUUGGAAAGAAGAUUCAAAAUGUCACUUAUCUCCCUCAUUCUCAGUUGGAUCCCCUCUGUUCUCCUCCUGCUCCUCUGUGGACUUUUCGCUUGUUUUCUGUGUUUUUACGCGUACAUCAAAUACCUGCACAUGAAGUAUGCGCACAUACCUGGACCUCCCAUUGAACACUUCCUUUUUGGACAUGCCUUCAUUUUAGUACGUAUCAUGAAUACUGGAUUUGUCCACGACAAAUUCUUGGAGUGGUCGGAGACCUAUGGACCAGUGUACAAGCUACAUAUGGUGCACCAUGUCAUGAUUUUCACAACUUGUCCCGAAACUACCAAGAAAGUCCUUGUGUCAUCGAAGCACUACAAAGACAAAAUAAUGUACAGCGGACUGAUCAGCCUUUUCGGUCGAAGGUUUUUGGGGACGGGACUUGUAACCGAAAUGGACCACGACCAGUGGUAUAAGCAAAGGAGGAGUAUGGAUCCUGCAUUCAACAGCAUUAAUCUGAAGAGCUUCCUCAGCCCCAUCAAUGAGUAUGGAGACAGGAUCAUGAGCAAAAUCAAUGAGGCUGUGGAAAAUGAAUCUGCAGCCAACAUGACUGACUUUAUAAACACAUUCACUCUGGAUGUGCUCGCCAAGGUGGCUUUUGACAUCGACUCCGACACGAUGAAAAACAAGAGCGCGUUCACAGAGGCUAUUAAACAAUGCAUGAGCGGGAUGAUUAUAAACGCUCGGGAUGCUGUUUUUCAGUUUAAACCAUCAAAUAAAGCAUACGUGGCGUCAGUGAGAGAAGCAUGUCACUUUCUGCGUGAGACAGGAAGAGACUGGAUCAGACAGCGAAGUAUUGCUAUACAAAAUAAUGAGAGCGUCCCAAAAGACAUUCUGACUCGGAUCUUGAAAAGUGCAGAACAAGAUGACAAACCGGCCAUCGAGGAUGAGGAGUUGAUGGUGGACAACUUUGUGACCUUCUUCAUCGCUGGGCAGGAAACCACAGCCAACCAGAUAGCCUUCUGUGUCAGAGAGUUGGGCAGAUAUCCUGAAAUCUUGGAGAAAGUGAGAAAAGAGGUGGAUGAGGUCCUUGGGAUGAAACAGGAGAUCAAUGCUGAAGAUCUUGGACGGCUGGUUUACUUGACCCAGGUUCUGAAGGAAAUUCUGAGAUUGUACCCAAUAGGUCCAUUGAUUCCUCGCCGGGUCAACGAGGAUCUUGUCAUUAAUGGCGUCAAAAUACCAGGAGGAGUCAAUGUAGUUUUCAGCCCUUAUGUGGCCGGGAGACUGCCCAAGUUCUUCAAGGACCCACUUGUAUUCGACCCAGACCGGUUUCAUCCAGAUGCUCCCAAGCCUUACUACUGCUACUACCCCUUCUCUCUGGGACCACGGAAUUGUAUCGGGCAGUACCUUUCUCAGAUGGAGGCUAAAGUGAUGGUAGCUAAGUUUAUUCAGAGGUUUGACUUUCGCCUCACUCCUGGACAGCAGUUUGGUAUUGUGGACACUGGAAGCCUCAGACCACAAAAUGAUGUCACUUGCUUCGUCAAAUACAGAGAUGUGAAGAAAUGAGGGAAUUUAAUUCAUCUGUCUGAUGCAAGACAUAGCGUCGAUGUUCCAGCUACUCUGCAGUAAACAUUCUUAAAAAUACAGGAUUCAAAUGUGACAAAUCCAAUGUAAAUUAUGUUGAUAUGUUGUUACUGUAUUGAUUCGACCGUGUUUUAUUAAACUUGCAGGGCUGCUUUAGUAUGCAGUUCAUGUUUGUUGACCUAAUAAAGAGGAAGCAGG